GCCCCUAAGCACCUGCAACAGCACUUAUCCGGCAAUGUAUCAUUUCCAGCGAUAACUUCAAGUCAUAACACAGAUGUGGAAUGUAUAAAUCAAAACAAUAAUAAAAUUAUCAAUAAAUAGGCCAGCAGCUUGGCCGAUGGGAGUCUUUUUAGUUAGUCAGUCCCAGUAGCUUCGAUUGAACAGUUGAUUUUAAUGCGAAAAAUUAAGUUUUACUUUUAAAUUUAUUAACUCAUAAGGUCUUGACGCUUUUGUGUACUACGUGUAGAUUAUAUCGACGAAGAGUGAAAAGUGUUAGUUCGGGCUCACCGGUCGAGGAAAAAAAAUCUGGGCGCCAACAACUGAGGGGUUUUAGGUUCGCGCGCAAACGGCAUUCUGGCUGGUGAUGCUACGGCGAAGCAUCACCAGUGAAAAGUGUUGGUUCGGGCUCGCCGGUCGAGGGAAACAAUCCGGAUGCCGACAAGUGAGUCGCGUUCAGUCUAUUUCUAUGUGGAAUAGACUAAAGGUUUCUGCUCCCUAGUGGAGUGGAGACGCGCGAUAGAAUUUUCUUUUUUUGGUUGUUUUUGCGUCGAAAAGUGGUUGGUUGUUAACGGCGGUUUGUGUAUAUUGAUCCAUUGUCAAAUCAUAUCACCAACCAUAGGUGACUCCCAGACUGACAAUGUACCCUACCCUACUAACGAAAAUUCCUUCUUAAGACAAACGUGGAGAUGCAGCGAUUCGUGGUCUUUAUAACAACGUUUGUCUUACUAACAUUCCCUCUCAUCCUUGAUGACCGUAAGGACGUAGCCGGCGCCGUUAUUGACCUUACUAAAGCUGAGAGCUCGCGAACUGUGUACAUUGAGAAUAGUAAGCUAGUCCCAAGCCCUACUCAUUUUUUCUUUGUGCAAUUUUGAUUGCUCUGGUCAAUCACGGAGCAGUAACUACGAAUUGUGUGGUCAUCUAUGCUCAUGCUCAUGCUCAUGCAGAUUAUGUCGACGAAGCGCUGUUUUUAUAUGAUUGGUUAUCCUGAGGUUGUCGUUGUCGAUUCGGUCGGUGUACGUUCUAUUGUCGUCUAACGAGAUUAUCUCAGUUGCCGUUGAAUUUGCUGCUAUAAAUUGUUUAAAUUACCUGGAAAACACGACCUCAUUGGUACCGUAACUGUUGUUUUAUUCAUCUUGCCGAUUCCUCGCCGUUUUUGUGGAGAAAACAAGGAAAUAUUGACUGUUGAAUAUCGCCAUGAAUUGCAAGAAAUGCGUUCUUCCAGUGGACACGAGAAGUCAGCCAUUCAUUCACUGUAAUGGGUUGUGUGCUGCCAUACAUCACGCUGCUUGUGUUGGGUUGGAGAAUGCUGAUCUAGCUGCUGUGUCACCUCCAAAAAGAAACAGCUUUUGGCUGUGUGAUGACUGUUUUGCCGAAUUCAUUUGUUGGAGAAACGAACGAACCGAGAGUGCUAAAGGAUCAUCUGCUCGACCCGAUCACUCACUCAGUCAAAAGCAAGAAUAUGCACCACAACGCGAUGUCGAUGAGCUAAAGGCAAAAGUUGAAUGUUUACUACUGUCCACGCUAACUACUACUGCAAGCUGCCAUCCGAACACGGAGAUGAUUCGUCACUCGACCCCAAAUUCAUCACGGCAACCCGAUAGAGAAAUGAGCGGUAUAAACGAUAGCAGUGUAACGCCAAGUGCAAGUGUACCUGUUGUUUCGGAACGAUCAACGGACUCGACUGUAGGAGAUGAAAAUUUCUCAGAAAAAGACCCACUGCGAACUUUUGCCCCGUGCGAACUUUUGCCCCGCAUUACUCUAGAUGGGAACGUUUCCGAGGAGGAUAUCCAACUGAUGGUCGCCCGAUGUUUAGGAGCCUGUGAUGCUGAGUGUAGGAAUGUUAGAAAGCUUGUUCCACGAUGGGUUGAUUGUAGCGCACUUGAUUAUGUCUCGUUUAAAGUAAUCUUGCAUUGCAAAUGGAAAGCGACUGCAAUGAUGUCAACUACAUGGCCAAGAUACGUUAAGUUUCGUGAAUUUAGAAGAAGAGAAUGCACGUGGAAACCCGAUAUUGUGUAACUUGUCCCAUUAGAGUGUAUUUUUAGUAAUACGUGCGCUUUUUUUUGUUGAUUUCUGUUGUUUUUUUUUUUUGCUUUUGUCCCCUGUUUUGUUAAUGUAUACGUUCCAAUGUAUAAAUAAGUGAAAUAAUGUAGUAUGUCAUGAGUUUCAAUAUUGUUUAGAAUAAGUACAUUCAAUAAGACUAAAACAAGUCCGUUGAAUUAAUAAACGAAUAAUAAUAAUAAUAAUAAUAAUAAAACGGCAAGCUGAUUCUUCUGAUUUCUUCUGGAUUCUGUUGAAGGGUCCUAAUGCUUAUGCGGUGGUUUUUCCGUUUCUGCUUCUUCAAAAAAAUUUUCACAAAAGGUCUGUCAUAUCCGUUUACCUUAGCUGCUGUAUAAACACGACUUUUUUCUUCUUCAAACUCGUCGCUUCAUGUACAGCCGGUGUGCCAUGGAGUGAAAAGCAGCUAGCUCUGAGCGCCAAAAUGAUUGAGUCAGAAGCAAUAUACCUAUCUGUUGAUGUGGAUUUGCGGUAUAUCCCGAAUUUCAACGUGUCGUCUUCCUUACUUAACUCGAGAAACGGUAGGCUCCCUUCCACUUCUCUCUCUACAGUAAAUUGAUCGUCUUCUGUUGUGAAUUUAGCACAGCCAGAGCCUGGUCAAGGUAGCGCUCCUCCACCGGGGCGAAAACAUCAUCUACAUAUCGCCACCAGACCCUCAGAAACAGUUUUUUCUUCUGAGCUUCAUCCUCGAAGUCGCUCAUGAAGAAGUCUGCCAGCAGUGGGGACAACUUGCUACCCAUGCUAAGCCCAAACGUCUGUUUAUAAAAUUUUCCCCUGAAGAUGUUCUGAAAAGUUCUGAUUCAUGCAUACGAGUAACUAUCACUGAGAUCGGCUCACUUAUUACACCUUGUCUUUAAAAAUGCUUAAGGUGAUGAUUUUCUGAAAGUCCUCGCCAAAAAAGUAAGGAAAAAGCAAUUGAUGACUCAAAUUCAUGGACCCCCCGUAAGUAAGGGCUACAACUAUUUUUGCAGACCCCACGAUUUCGUCGAAACACCUCCAUUUUUCGAAGCACUUAUUUUUCCUCUAGUUACUGAAGUCCCACAAUCCUCAAUUUGUGUAAAGUUAAUCAAGCGUAUGCAAUGUCACGCUUUAAAAAAAAGUAUCAUGUAAAAUGAAACAUCGCCGUUAUACUAGGAACAUAUAAGAUGUGAAAUAAUGCUCUAAGAUUUUUGUUGCUGAUUUCUGAAAUCGCUCUUAUAAAUCAAAUUGAUCAAGUGUUUCUCGAAGUUCAAACCCCUAGGCUAGUUCGGGAUCGGAAAGCCACACUCCACUGCACUUCUGAUCCAAGAACUUACAUUUUGUGAGUUUGCCGAGAGUGGGAUUCGAUCCUAGGUCCUCGGCGUGAUAGUCACUUACUUUUACCAUCACACCAGGCCCGCUCCACCAACCAAGACAUUUUUCAGGUUUCUUUGUAUUUUAUAUAUGUAUUAAGUUAUUGAUGAUACAUGGAGCGGACAAAGUUUUCGUACCUCUUUUAGUCAAACCUGUACUUAUUUUGUGAAUUAGUUUUAAUCGUUUAGUUCGUUAUUUUUGCAUGUGUUUCACAAAUUUACGAUUACCUUCUUACAUUUAAUAGUCCUGCAUGUAGGUGCAAAUCAUCCGUUCUUUGUGUAUCAACAAUCGUGUAUUCCAAUAUUUGUUUGUGCUAUAAUUUUAUGAUGAGUGAAUAAGAAAUUCAUUUGGGAAACAAAUUUGAAUAUAAUUUAGGGUACUUACAAAACAAUUCAUAAUAAAUACUAUUAGAAAAUUUAGAAAAUCAACAAACGUUAUUUAUUACUAGCCGAUUAACUGAUCGUGAUUUAGCACUUCUCAUGUUUGGAUAUUUUUGACGAUUAAAAGUGACGGGCGGGCGGUACUGAACCGCAGGUACCGAACGCACUAGUCCGGGUUGCCAACACGCCCCGCUCGUAUUGCUUAAGGUCUCCUAAAGCUAUACUUUAUCCCUGGCAACAUCUAGAACAGCGAGCUUCGCUGCAGGUCUCCACAAGACUCCUCUUACCGUCUGAACAUUUGCAGAACGAACUUGUCCAUCCCGUCUCGGAUAGACACGUAGAUCUUUCCUCGCGUCGAACUGUUUCGAAUCCCGUCGUUCACAACGAUGACCAAAUCUAGAACGUUGAUCGGCGUAACCUCGCCUAACCAUUUCUUUUGUCGGGCUAUAACGGGCAAGUAUUCUCGAAUCCAUCGGGUCCAAAAUCGGUCCAGCAUAACUUGGAUAUGCUUCCAGUUCGUCCGUAAUACUGUUCCUUCUUCUGUGGGUUCUACUGCUGGCUGCACUCUGUUCGAGCUCAGCAGCUGGAAGUGGUUUGGCGUUAAAUCCUUGCUCUCCUUUUUGUCAAUUCUUGUUCGAUUUUAAUUGGUGUUUCUCGGUGAUGAUAUUAAAUUAAAAUCGUAAUUUGGUUUUACGUUUCAACCUACUUUUAUUUUUCGGUCAUCCUCAGAACUGUCAUAUAAAAGGAACAAUAAACAAUUUUUCACAUUAAUUACAAUCACAUAAUUACAAACAUUUACAAUUUUCAAAUUUCUAGACUAAACACUUACAAUUUCCGCCGCGCCUGCGUUCUUUGGGGCGGCACACUUAAUUCUAAUUAUCUAUGUCAUGUUCCGUCUCGGUGUCGUCUUGUUCGUCGUUGGUCGUCUUUCAGUUUGUGUAUCAAGUUAUUGUAUGUGUUUGAGAACCCGUCUACGUCACGCUGUAAAUUAACCGUCGUUUCUCUGUUUAUCUUAAUGUGAACUACCUCUGCUGCUAGUCUGCUCGCGUCAUUGUUGAUUCUCUCCAGAAUUCUAGUUCGAGAGAAGUCAAAACGAUGUCCGUUGUCUAGCGCGUGUUGGGUGAGUCCUGUAGCUGAUGCGUUCGUGCGUACUGAGUUCUUGUGUUGCGCUAUGCGCUUGUCAAGUGUUUGAGAUGUCUGUCCAAUAUAUUCCUUACGUUCAAUUGGCAGAUAGGUCAAGGGUGACGAUUGAUUCGAUUUCCUCUCUUUCGGUAACCAAAGUCUCCUCUCCUCUUCUUGGCGUAACGUCCUCACUGGGACAAAGCCUGCUUCUUAGCUUAGUGUUCUAUGAGCACUUCCACAGUUAUUAACUGAGAGCUUCCUCUGCCAAUGACCAUUUUGCAUGUGUAUAUCAUGUGGCAGGCACGAAGAUACUCUAUGCCCAAGGAAAUCAAGGAAAUUUCCUUUACGAAAAGAUCGUGGACCGACCGGGAAUCGAACCCGUCACCCUCAGCUUGGUCAUGCUGAAUACCCGUGCGUUAUAGC